AUGAGGAAGAAGAGGAUCGUUUUCUUUGCUUCAUUGCUCUUAUUUACCAUCUUCUUAAAGUUUUGCUUUGCAGGGAUUACAACAGAGAAUCCUUUGUCAAUAGGACAAACACUCAGCUCCCCUAAUGGAGUUUAUGAACUGGGGUUCUUCAGUCCUAAUAACUCCCAGAAUCUAUAUGUUGGAAUCUGGUUCAAGGAUAUCACUCCCCGGACGGUUGUGUGGGUGGCCAACAGAGAAAGCCCUGUCACAGACCCCACGGCAAGACUCACCAUCAGCAGCAAUGGAAGCCUUCUCUUAUAA